AUGGAUGCUGAUUCGGUUGUGGUUAAAAAUAGUUUAAUUGUUUUGUCAGUUACAGAUGAAAGGGAGGAUGCAAAAAUGGAAGUUUCUUCCCCAAAAUCAGGAAAAACAUCAUUUUACGCAGAAUCAUGUGAGGUUUCACAUCAAAUGGUUGCUUCUAAGCUUGCGACAGGGUCACUGGAGUCACAGGAGGACGCAAUUAAACAACUGGAUUCGAAACCGGCAGUUGAAGAAUCUGGGGUCUCAACCAACGAAAAACCUGUAUUGUCAGAAGGGAAGUCGUCUGUGUGCAAUAAAUUGGAUGUUGAUUUACAUGAUUCCAUGUUGAAAAAAUCGACUUCAACCAUGUCAAAGGUAGAGAGCCAGCGAGAGGAGAAGUUCAAGAUCGAUCUGAUGGCUCCUCCUCCCAUGGUGUCUUCUCCAGAACGAGAUGGCUUUGUUGAUUUGUCAUCGGAUCCUAAGCCUACAGCCCAAGAUGUGGAAAUGAAAAUGAAAAACACGGUUAAGAAUGAAGAAUCGGCGGACAGUCUGGGGAAGAAGGAAGGAGUGGUUAUUGAAGAGAAGGUAAAGACAGUUGGAGAAAAGUGUGGAUCAAAACUUGAUUUUGAGAACCCAAAUCGCAAUGUGCAGCAGAAACUGCAGCCUAAAGCGACCACUCCUAAAGUGGAGACAACUGGUAAUUCAAAGCUUCAACUUGGGGUUCAGCGUGAUGACUUUAAGAGCUGUUGUUUCGCUUGCCUCAAUCUGGUUCGGUGCCUUUGCCAAUUACUUUACCGGGCUGGCCAAGUAAUCUUCCGCCUCUGGGGUGCGAUAUCUAAGCCUUCAUUUUCUUCUCAAUCUUUGCGUUAG